GGGGUCAAUGUGGUACAAAUGAGAUUCACCAACAUUUAUUUGGUUAAAACACUGGGCAGAGUAAGAGAGGGGAUGGAAGGGGGACAGAGUGCUCUUUAAUCAGAGAGGGUCUCUGUGGAGGCGGGCAGAGGUGCCUACUGUAAUCCGAUACACGUGCAUGCGCGUGGCGUGCGUGCGUGCGCGCCGGGACAGGGGACUGAGUGAGCAGCUCCGCACGCUGCCACAAACCCGGUGGAUAUCGGAGCGGGAGGAGCGCACAGUGGCAGAGCUCCUGUGUGUGAGCGAGAGGGAGAUAAAGAGGGAGGAAAGAGACGUCCACAGAGGGGGAGAGAGAGAGAGGGGGAGACGCUGAAGACUCACUCCGCCUGGACGAAGACGCUGGAGAGGCUGCGUGGUCGUUCACCAAACCUUCGUUUUACGCACGCGGAGCGGAGCUGCGUCUUGUCAAAGAUCUUAGUCUUCAGCGCAACAACGGACAGAUAUCGGACUGAUAUCGAACAGAGACACAGACAAACCACAGGCAGUUUUUAGUGUUUAUUCACAGGUGUUUAAACCAAAUAAAACAAUUGGAUUUUUUUUCUAUUCCCAGUCUAAGAAAGACACUGGAGCUGCAGAUGAUUUUGAUCAUUUUUUAAGUGAUUUCUACUUUGUUUGAAAAGAAAUCCUGACUCUUUAUUCCCACGCGCGUCUCUUGACGGGCAGCUGUGAACUGCACUGAACGCCGACAUGGAUUGUGAGCGUUUAAAGAUGUAUUUAUUGGACAGAUUGUGUUAACUCCAUACCCAUUUGCACGGUGUCCGUUACUCGCAGCCUUUACGCACCCGGCGGCCGAGCCAGCGCCGUGUUCCUGGAGAGCGCCGUGAGCGGAGCCCGGCGUGCGUGUGCGAGUUUGGACGCGAGUUUUUGGUGCGAGCUCCACAGAAACCGAACACAAGACUGUGGAAGUGUGUGUGUGUCAGAACAGAAGGCAGAAAAAGUGUCGAGAAUCUCCCCUCCCCUCCAUCACCAGGGAGCUGAAGAUGGAUUUAUUUAUCUGGCUCUGCGGAUGUGUUCUGGCGCUGCUCUCGCCUCCAGCCGUCACAGCAGAAGAAGGCGCGUCGGAACCGUGCGGCGGUUUUCUUGAUGCCAGCGACGCUGGGUACAUCACCACGCCCGGGUACCCUCUCGAGUACCCGCCUCACCAGAACUGCCGCUGGAUCAUUACAGCUCCAGAGCCCUUGCAACGCAUCGUCCUGAACUUUAACCCGCACUUUGAGAUCGAGAAACUGGACUGCAGGUACGACUACGUGGAGAUUCACGAUGGAAACUCGGAGUCAGCUGACCUGAUGGGGAGACACUGCAGCAACAUUGCCCCCGCGCCCAUCACAUCGUCGGGACCCUCGCUCCACAUCAAGUUCGUAUCAGACUACGCACACCAAGGAGCGGGCUUCUCACUGCGCUACGAGAUUUACAAAACUGGUUCCGACUGUUCGCGUAACUUCACGAGUCCUUUGGGUCUCAUCGAGUCUCCUGGAUUCCCAGACAAGUACCCUCACAACCUGGAGUGUUCCUUCAUCAUCAUCGUUCCCCCAAGCAUGGAUGUCACCCUCAGCUUCCUGACCUUUGACCUGGAGAACGACCCCUUACCAGGCGGAGAAGGAGAAUGCAAGUACGACUGGCUGGAAGUUUGGGACGGACUCCCCGGAGUGGGCCCUCUGAUUGGUCGAUACUGUGGGACCAGGGUGCCUCCUGAGAUCCAGUCGUCCACUGGGAUUCUGUCCCUGUCCUUCCACACUGACAUGGCCGUGGCCAAAGACGGAUUCUCGGCCAGAUACAACAUGACGCACAAGGAAGUCACGGAGAGUUUUCACUGCAGCAACGCCUUUGGGAUGGAAUCAGGGAAGAUCACGGACGACCAGAUCACGGCGUCGUCCAGUUUUUAUGACGAGCAGUGGCUGCCGCGACAGGCCCGGCUCAAUUACCGCGACAACGGCUGGACCCCCAACGAGGACAGCAACAGGGAGUAUAUCCAGGUGGACCUCCAUACUCUAAAGGUGCUGACGGGCAUCGCCACCCAGGGCGCCAUUUCUAAAGAAACCGAGAAGACGUACUACGUCACCACCUUCAAGAUUGAGGUCAGCACCAACGGCGAGGACUGGAUGGUCUACAGACACGGCAAGAACCAUAAGGUUUUUCACGCCAAUGUCGAUGCCACCGAGGUGGUUCUCAACCGGAUCCAGCAGCCGGUUCUGGCUCGCUUUGUCCGGAUCAGACCUCAGACGUGGAAGAACGGCAUCGCGCUGCGGUUUGAACUGUACGGCUGUCAGAUCACUGACGCUCCCUGCUCGAAACUGCAGGGCAUGUUGUCAGGGUCACUUCCUGACUCCCAGAUCUCUGCGUCCUCCAUGAGGGACAUCCACGGCUCCAUGGGAGCAGCCCGACUGGUGGCCAGUCGUACGGGCUGGUACCCAAACCCAGCGCAGCCCAUAGCUGGAGAAGAGUGGCUACAGGUGGAUCUUGGUGCGCCCAAGAUGGUGCGGGGCAUCAUUACCCAGGGUGCACGAGGGCUGGAAGGCAGCACCACCGCUGAGAACAGAGCUUUUGUCCGAAAGUAUAAAUUGGCGCACAGCUUAACGGGAAAAGACUGGGUUUACAUCACGGACACCAAGACUGAGUUUGCUAAGAUCUUCGAGGGGAACAGUCAUUAUGACACUCCAGAGGUGAGAAGAUUCGAUGAAAUAGUGGCUCAGUUCAUCCGGGUCUUUCCAGAAAGGUGGUCACCGGCCGGCAUCGGUAUGAGGAUGGAGGUCCUGGGCUGCGACCUGCCUGAAACUACGACUGUACCUGACACGGCGACCCCCACUCUGCCCCGUGUGGAGCUGACGAGUGCUGCAAUGAGACCCGCCACCACGCCGUCUCUGUCGGCCGUGUGCGACUUCGAGCAGAGUUUGUGCGGCUGGUCGGCCGACCCUCAGUCAGGGGUCAGCUGGUCUCUCCACGCCGCCGGCAGCAGCAGCAGCUCGCCUGGACACGGCCACGGACAUGACACCAGACAGGACCUGACCCUGGGAGCCGACAAUUUCUCAGGAAACUAUCUCCACCUGGACGCGGGCGCGCACACCCAGCGAAAGCGAGCCCGGCUCCUGAGCCCCGAGGUGUGGCCUGAACGAGGUCCACUCUGCCUCCUUUUUAACUACCAGCUCCAGGGAGAGGCCCAGGGCAGCCUGAGGGUCCUGCUGAGGGACAACGACCAGGAGGAGACGUUACUGUGGGCCCUCAAAGGGGACCAGGGUCUCCACUGGAGGGAGGGACGCAGCAUUCUGCCCCAGAGCCCCAGAGAGUAUCAGGUGGUGUUCGAAGGUUUCUUUGAUUUCCCGACCAGAGGCCACAUCAGAAUAGACAACAUUCAAAUGAGCAACAGCGUGGAGUUGGAGCAGUGCACACAGCCGUACCCGGCCCUCACUCCUGGAGUCAACAACCCCAGACCCAUGGACUUUGGAAAAGAUUCUGUUCAUAACAACAAGCACCCGAUCAAUGGAGACUACGUCCUCCCUGGUUGGCCGUCCUCCUUCUCCACUCCCUCCUCUGAUUUGAACCCCCCCUCUGUGACCCUGGUGUCAGAGAAGGACAAGGACAACGCCUGGCUCUACACGCUGGACCCCAUCCUCCUCACCAUCAUCGUGAUGAGUUCUCUGGGCGUCCUGCUGGGGGCGGUGUGCGCAGGCCUGCUCCUGUACUGCACCUGUUCGUACAGCGGCCUCUCCUCCCGCUCCUCCACCACGCUGGAGAACUACAACUUUGAGCUGUACGACGGCAUCAAGCACAAAGUCAAGAUCAACCAACAGAGGUGCUGCUCGGAGGCGUGAAGACGGGAAGGUUUUUUUCCCGUUUGGACAAAGAGAGAAGAACUGUUUGUUUGUUUGUUUUUUUAAAUACCCUCAAGUCCCCAGACGGAUGUCCCGCUGCGUCAACUAUUCUCUCAUGUCCCGUGGGGUGACGUGAAACCCAGAACUGACGUGUCGGGCCUCGACCCCGCGACCCCAGUUUUUACCACCCAGGACCCCCGAUCUCCUCCGCCUGCAGGAGACGCUGCUCGAUUCUUAAAGCUUGUGAAUGAAUGAAGUAACGAACAGAUCCAUACAGUAUGAUAGACAGAUGUCCCAGCAGCCAUUGGGACACAGCUGAAGAGGACAUGGACCACGGCCCCUGUGAGACGCCACAGACGGAGGACGUUCCCUUUGUCUCUUCGUCGGAGGCUUCAUUUGAAUGUGGGGGCGACAGCAUGCAGGAAUCACUGACUGUUGGUAAACAGUGGACCAUGUGAUGUGGGUACUUUCUACCCAAAUGACCACAUAUCAAGGUUACGCCCCCCCCCCCCCCCAAGCCUCCUCGAUUCCGUGCCCCAAUAUGAAAAUGAAACCCCACGACUCAAAGGAUUCAGAUUUUUCUUAAAGUCAAACAAAACAAAAAAACACGAUGGGAAGGACAUUUUUUCUUUUUCUUUUCUUUAUGUUUUUGAAAGUUCUAGAUAUGAGUUCUACCGUCCGUUAGCCCGCCGUACGGCGCUAGCUCACUCGCUCGCUCGCUCCAGUCUGCGCUUUGUGAAACCAGUGGCAUAGAAGAGUGAUGGUGACAGUUUAGUUUUGUGUCUGUUGGAAACAUGGUGAAGAAAAGCCAGCUUCAGUUUGUGCCCCCCCCCCCACACAAACAACCCCCCACCGCCCCCCCGCCCCGUAGAGCUUUUAAUGUCAUUCUUAAAAACUUACUUUGUUAGCGUUGUGUUGGACUCCGCGGUCCCGACUGUUGACAUUUUCUAUUUUGACACAUUUCCGUGACAGGUGAGAAUCCGGACGCUGAUGAGGAGUCGGGUCUAAAUCUAAUGCUGUUAUGGAGUUGUGCUUUAGAACAAACGUAUUCUAGAGUUUGUCUUUCGUAUAUAUCUAUAUUUUUUGCUUUUCAAGACGUGUAUGACGCCCAAAAAAUGGACAGACACUGUGUCGACAAAAUGUCAGUGAUUGUUUUUUAACUGCAACCUAUGGAUUGCCAAAGAGCUGUGUUGGUGCACGAAGUGUUGAGAGAGUCUGAGCGGAGAAGGGACUGACCAAUCAGCUGCCUGUUGACCACCGCUCUGGGUUUUCAGCCCGUCAAUGAAGGACACUUAAAGACAGACGAAGGAAGAAAGGCCGAGGAAUCCCAGCGUUGACUUUCUUCAACACACAUUCGAGCCUUAAGCUAACUACAGUGUACGCUGUAUCGGAGGACAGCCAUUGAGGAGGGCCAGUGCUGCUGAUGAAGAAGAGGAGGAGGAGGAGGAGGAGACGCAGACACGCACAAACACACAGAAACAAGAAGACAUGUGGACAGAGAGACAGAGGGUUUGAAGACGACCGUGAAAAGUCUAGUUUUAUAGUGAAGAUUCUACGGACGAUGCAUGUUGUUAAAGAUUUGACUUUUUCAAGCCCCGAAAAAACUCAAAAAAAAAAACAUGUUACAUGCAGUCGUCAGAUUCUGAAGGAAACACAGCUGUGAUCACGCUGCAGACUGAUCUGAUUGUUUUCACGACUUUGUAGGAACUCCCAAAGGGUUAAAGACCAAGAAUCGUCAACAAAGUACAAAUUAGAUUUUUUUUUUUUUCCAGGUUCGUUUUUUCAUUCUUGCUCCUAGAUCAGAUUCAUAUCCUGGGUUUCGAAGUGAAAUCUCAGAGUGACUGAUUGUCAGAGUCCAUCUCCGUCCAUCUUUAUUUUUCACAAACACAGCGUGUGUUCUUCGUUCAGGUCUGUAGACCGUCCACGCUGACGUCCGAUGGCGGUCACUAAACCUCAGAUCUUAGCAAAAAAAAAAAAAA